AUGGACACUCACACUCUCUCACUCUCACGUCUUCUUCCUCUUCGCGUUCUUUCAUCCCAAAACCCUAAUUCUUCUUCUUCUUCUUCCUCUCGCAUCCCUCGUUCACACAACAACUACCAUUUUCUGAAAUUAUUCUCCCCCACUCACAUUAACCGCGUCACCACAACUCCACUAGCCAUUGCAAAUCCUUCUCCCACCAUCCCUACAACGGAUGAUUCAAUAACCAAUCCCACUCUCAGAGAAUUAUGUCAAUCUCAUGUACCUCACCAAUUACUGCAAAGAAUGGAAGAGGUUGGAUAUGUCAUGCCUACAGAGGUCCAGAAGCAAGCAUUGCCUCAUCUUUUUUCUGGCCGUGACUGCAUACUUCAUGCUCAGACAGGUUCUGGGAAGACACUAGCAUACUUGCUUUUGAUAUAUUCCAUCAUCAACACUAAAAAAUCUUCCUUUCAAGCACUAGUUUUGGUGCCCACCCGUGAGCUUGGCAUGCAAGUUGCCAAAGUUGCAAGGAUACUGGCGGCAAAGCCAACCGGAGUUGAAGGGGAGCAGAGAUCAUGUACAAUCAUGGCUCUGUUAGAUGGAGGAACAUUGAAAAGGCACAAGAGUUGGUUUAAGGCAGAGCCUCCAGCAAUAGUAGUUGCAACAGUUGAGAGUUUGUGUCGAAUGCUGGAAAGACAUCUUUUUUCACUUGGAACCUUGCGGGUGUUGGUUGUUGAUGAGGUUGACUUCAUUUUCAGUUCUUCAAAGCAAGUGAGUUCUCUCCGGAAGAUUUUGACCUCGUAUUCAUCCUGCAAUAACCGCCAGACAGUGUUUGCAAGUGCAUCUAUACCACAACACAAUCGAUUUCUUAACGAAGCUAUGCAGCAGAAAUGGACUAAGAGGGAUGUGAUCCAUAUUCACGUUAAUCCAGUGGAGCCAAUGCCAUCUCGCCUAUAUCACAGAUUUAUAGUAUGUGAUACGAAAAGAAAACUACAAACCCUGUUAUCCUUGAUUCAAUCUGAUGCUCCUGAGUCUGGCAUUAUCUUUGUUGGUGAGCAGUCUGAAAAGUCAAAAAAGACUGGAAAUGCUGCAUCCACAUCCCUUGUGAUUGACUUUCUAAAGACAUCAUAUCAUGGUUCUUUAGAUAUCAUCCUUCUCGAACAGGACAUGAAUUUCAAUUCACGAGCAGCUUCUCUGUUGGAGGUUAAGAAAGGUGGCGGCUAUCUUCUAGUGGCAACAGAUGUAGCUGCUAGAGGAGUUGACUUUCCAGAAAUGACUCACAUAUACAACUUUGAUCUGCCAAAAACUUCCAUUGAUUAUCUUCAUCGAGCAGGGAGGACUUGUAGAAAACCCUUUUCUGAUGUUAACUGUUCUGUCACAAGCAUUAUAAUCUCUGAGGAGCGGUUUGUUCUGCAGGGAUAUGAAAAUGAGUUGAGGUUUGUCUGUGAAGAGCUUAUUCCAUAA